UGAAUAUUAAUCACAUCGUGCUCAACAAAAAUUGAUGUUUCCAGAACACAAGACGAAGGAAGAAGUGCGCCAAAACACCUAAAAAUCAAUCGGAGGAGAUCGAAUUGUUGUAGUUAACCGAUUCCGUCGACCAGAGUAGAGCACGAUGGCAGCCCCCAGCGGCGGCGGAGGUGGCAGAGAAGGCUCUGCGAAGGCUUCAGUGGCCGAUCAAAUCUCCCAGUCCGUACAAUCCACCUCAAAUAUUCUCCACCUCAUGCUGCAAACCUCUCCAGCCCAUGCGCAGCUAAUGAAGCUUCCGAAAAACCUUCUAGCCAAAACCUCUACGAUAAAGAAUACAGAAUUGGUACUGGAGCAGAUGCCUCGAGUUAUCUCAUCACUGGAUGAACAUGUGGAGAGCGGACUGCAAAGUGCCCCUCAUCUGAAUACUGUAGUCCAGUUACUUUCCAACAUGCAAAGCUGCCAGCUCAAGUCUUUGUCUGUAGCUCCGGUUACUCAACAAGAACCCGGAAUUUUAGAGCAACGUGUACAGGUGAACGAUCAACCUUGAAAAUUCUUGCUAAAACCUUUGGAUCGGUUUUUGAUUAUGGUCCCAAUGUUUUGAGAUUAAGAGAUAUUGAGAUAACUGGAUCAAAUAGAAGUUCAAGUUUAUGUAACUCUUAAGGACUAUAAUAACAAGUUUUGAUUUUAUUAUCUUUUUAAUAAAAAAAAAAAGGUUGCAAUAUAA